AUGUCGUCUUCUUCGCAUAAAGAAUUGCUACGAUGCCCCUUUUGCCGUUACGGCAGCCAUGACUUCGGCGUCCUCGACCGACAUGUCCGGAAAUCCCAUGCUGACCAGCGACGGCAGGAGGAGGAUCAGCGGUCUUCGGAAGCUUCUUCUCAUUCAGGCACCACUGACCUAGACGACUUCGAGCUGGCACAGGUACUGGCAUUCAAAGAAAAUGGCCUCCCUCCCGAACUUGCCUUGUCUGAUCGCCCGAGUCUUCCUGCCUGUAAUGGCGUGGCAAGGGAGGAAACUGCGAGGAAUCAUGCUCCUAGUCCCUCUCCCUCUACAGAACUUGAAGCCGACGAAGAGCCUUGGGUGGGAUGUGUUUGUGGUGAACGUGUCCAUUUCCUCGAGCUUGACGCCCAUGCCGACAUGCAUGCUCAAGAGAAUCUGUCUAUGGACGAGGCGGAGUUGCCGUCCAACCUGGAGCAGGCGAUCCUUGCACCAUCUGCUCGACAUCCGGUAGAGGACAUUUCCAACUCUUUUUCCACCAGUAUUUCUAGUUCGCUUCGGAACCAUGACCACUUGCAAGCCAGUGCCUCUCCUCGUAGCAACAAGCGGAGAGUUCCUUCUCUUAGGGAGAUUUUCUUGGGUACUCCUGCGUCACCAAAGCGAAAGUCUCCUUACAAAGCCGUAUCAGCAAAGCAGGGCAAGACGAAACGUUUAGGGCGAUCGGAACUGGGCCCGUAUGCCCACGAACACGAAAUGCCGAAUUGGCUUCGCCGAAUGCUUGAAGAGGGUGCCAAGGUCACAGUCACUAACAGAACCGGACCAGGAGGCUCCAUCAUCAGAUUCGAAAGCGUUGCCAACGAAACCCCGGACCUUGUUCCCAUUCUUGCGCGACUGUCUGAUUGGGACAGGGGCGUCGAACGAGCAUUCUACUGCAGCCCUGCAGUGACCUAUGUAUGCAAGUUGCCCAAGGAGGGAGGAUUUUGUGGCUAUCGUAACAUCCAAAUGCUCAUUUCUUACAUUCGCGAUGGCAAUGCUCCUGGCGCGGAACAUUUUCCAGGGCGGCGUCUCCCUUCGAUCCUGAAGCUUCAAGACAUGAUCGAACGUGCUUGGGACAAGGGUUUUAAUUCGAGUGGACGAGUGGAAACGGGCGGAAUCAGACUGACGAGGAAAUACAUUGGGACCCCCGAAGCACAGGCAUUGUUUAUGAGUUUGGACGUGCCAUGUGAAGCGACGGCAUAUGCUACCACAAAAGAUGCCCAAGCCUACGAGACGAUGCUCUGUGCAGUGUGCGAGUACUUUGAUGAUGAUCAAACCAAGGACAGAGCGGAGAAAGUGGUCAUCACCAGCAAGCCACCCAUAUACUUUCAGCACCAUGGCCAUUCUAUGACCAUUGUCGGGGUGGAGAGCCGGCUGGAUGGAUCUGUCAAUCUGGUCGUUUUCGACCCGAUGUUCAAUCCCAGCCCUGCUCUCAAGAAACUUGCCCUCUCGGGUUCGGCUUCUUUCCGUUGCGCUAGUCCGGAGAAGUUACUGAAAGCCUACCGCCGAGGAGAACGAUACCUUGAGAAAUAUCGAGAUUUUGAAUUGCUGAAGCUGAAAUAG